AAAAGAGAGUAACUUCUACGCCCGCUCGCACUGGGCUGGGUUGGCGUCCACAGUCCACUCCCUGUAGUGUUACUAGUGUAGUCAAAGAAACUUGGUUACAGACAUGCCAUGAAACUUUGCCUAUUCCCACACAUAAGAACUAAAUAAGUGUAGCCUAUGAUUUGAACAACAAGUAUGAGAAUUUUCCUCCCUCUAAAAUCAACUCAUAAACUGCAAACAACACUUCCCAACCAAUGUCUACCUUCUUCACCACCCAAAUACUUCUCUCCCACCCAUCUGGACUCUCUCAUCAACACCACAAUCCAAACCAAGAACAUCAACCAUGCCACCCAAAUCCACACCCAAAUCAUCACCCACAACUACACCUCCCUCCCUUUCCUCUUCACCAACCUUGUCAACUUGUAUGCCAAAUGCGGGCAUAUCAACCACAGCCUCACACUGUUCUCAACCACGAGAAAUGAGUCCAAGAAUGUUGUCACGUGGACCUCUCUCAUCACCCACUUGUCUCACUACAAAAGACCCUUUCUUGCACUGAAAUUGUUUAACGAAAUGGGAGGCACUGGUGUUUACCCAAACCAAUACACCUUCUCUGCUAUUCUACCGGCUUGCGCCGAUACCGUGGUUGUAAUACAUGGUCAGCAAAUGCAUUCAUUGAUUUGUAAACAUGGGUAUGGGUUAGAUUUGUUUGUUGCUACUGCAUUGGUUGAUAUGUAUGCCAAGUGUGGUCAUAUGAGUUUGGCUGGGAAUGUGUUUGAUGAAAUGCCCGAGAGAAACCUAGUUUCCUGGAAUUGUAUGAUCGUUGGGUUCUUGCAAAACGAGAUUUACGAUCGAGCAGUUGGGUUUUUUAAAGGCAUUAUGGGAGAGAUGUUAAGUCCUGAUCAAGUGAGUUUUUCUAGUGUUUUAAGUGCUUGUGCUACUAUUGGUGUUGCGGAUUUGGGGAAGCAAGUUCAUGGUGUUGCUGUUAAGCAUGGCGUGAUUAGUUUAGCUUAUGUGAAGAACUCACUCAUGGAUAUGUAUUUUAAAUGUGAGAGUUCUAGUGAUGGUACUGAGUUGUUCAAGACCAUUGGUGAUAAAGAUGUUGUUACUUGGAAUAUUAUGGUAAUGGGAUGUGUCCAAAAUGACAACUUUGAAGAAGCUUGCAAUUAUUUUUGGGUUAUGGAAAGGGAGGGUGUUCCACCAGAUGAGAUAUCAUUCUCUACUGUUCUUCACGCUGCUGCUAAUCUAGCUGCAUUCGAUCAGGGCACUUUGAUCCACAAUCAGAUAAUAAAAUAUGGGCUUGGUACGAAUCCUUGUGUCACAAGCUCAUUAAUAGCCAUGUAUGCAAAAUGUGGUAGCUUGGAUGAUGCUCAUAGGGUAUUUGAAGAGAGUAAAGACCGAAAUGUGGUCUCAUGGACAGCCAUGAUUUCAGCCUGCCAACAACAUGGUUGUGCAAUCCGAGUUAUAGAAUUGUUUGAGGAAAUGCUGAAAGAGGGGAUUAAUCCUGAUUUUAUAACUUUGGUUUGUGUUUUAUCCGCGUGUGGUCACACUGGGCGGGUUGAGGAAGGAUUUGCUUACUUCAAUUCCAUGACUAAAGUACAUGACAUGAGCCCAGGGCCAGAACACUAUGCUUGCAUGGUUGACUUACUUGGUCGAGCUGGUCGAUUGAAAGAAGCCAAGAAUUUUGCAGAAUCGAUGCCAAUUAAACCUGACGCAAUGGUUUGGGGAGCUUUGCUUGGGGCUUGUAGGAGCCAUGGGGAUCUUGAAAUGGGUAGAGAAGUUGCAGAGAAGCUUUUUGAAAUUGAACCCCAUAAUCCUGGAAACUACAUACUGCUUUCUAAUAUGUAUUCACGUAGGGGAAUGUUGAAGGAAUCUAACGAGGUGAGGAGACUAAUGGGGUCCAAUGGGGUUAGAAAGGAGCCUGGGUGUAGCUGGAUUGAUGUUAAGAACAAGACAUUUGUUUUUACAGCUCACGAUAGAUCACAUUCUAGGACCAUUGAGAUUUAUGAGAUGCUGGGAAAGUUGGAGGUGUUGGCGAAGAGGAACGGUUAUGUGCCUGAGACCCACUACGCAAUUAACGAUGUGGGAGAGUAUAAAGAGCCGAGAUUAUGGUAUCAUAGUGAAAAACUAGCCCUUGCAUUUGGAUUACUGACCCUUCCUAUGGGGGUUCCGAUUAGGAUAAAGAAGAACCUCAGGACUUGUGGUGAUUGUCAUACAGUUAUGAAGAUUGCUUCUGAGGUUUUUGAGAGAGAGAUUAUUGUGAGGGAUAUCAAUCGGUUUCAUCGAUUUACUGGUGGUUUGUGUUCUUGUGGAGAUUACUGGUGACUGGAGUUCACAAUUCUUCUUCUUCUUCUGUCAUCAUGAUCAUCAUUCAUAUACUGCUAAUAUGAGUGGAAAUUUAUCUUGUUACACAUUUCUGUCAAAUUCUGAAACAAUCACCAAGCAAUUCAAGUC